AUGGAUGGGGGGACGGGGGGGAGCGCGGAGAGCUCUGUUGAAAUAGGGAGACGCGUGGACGAACGUCCUACUGGGGGUCUUUCAGUGGAGGUGAGGUCGGAUGGGUGGGUAAUCGGUACGGGAGGAAAUGUAAUGCUUAGCUACGAUCUUACAACCGUCUGUUUUGGAAGGUGGAGAAAGUUACCGAAGAUCAGUGUAAUUUUGCGUAUUCGAAAAACCACUGCAGUAAUGAGUUUCCCGCUGGGCCUUCCUGCGUUCAGCUCUUCCACCCGUGGGCAGCGACGGUUGGGAUCAAAUGAUAAAGCUCAGCCCGAGGGACAGCUUCAGUUGCGUCCCAGGAUAUCACUUCCUUUCACGAAUCCUAGGAAUCUACAUCGCUUCCUGGUAUCUGCUGUGCUUGGAAUCGUGCGGUCUGUAGCGCUCCCACUCGACUUUGUGCCCGUUCACAUGUGCCGAAUUCCCAUCACCACGUGCCUCGCAAUCGAGAUCAUAGUACCCAUGUUCACUCGCCUAGCCAUUCAUGGUCGCUACUUUGCCCUUCUCUGGGCCCUGCACCUCGGCCCACUCUCGACGCGUUCCAGUCUACGUGCUCGGCGGCCACCUCAAAGCUAUUUCAUGACCACUACAGAACCCUUAAUUGCAGUUCAACAUAAUGCAACCAAUUUAUCAAGGGCUCGAAGACCCGCAGCGAUUGAUUCCGGGCGCAUGCAACUACUAGGGUCUCCAUUAGAUGAAGAUGUAGGCUUUCCGCGGCCAGAGUCCAUGUGGCGUGAUCUUGGGGCUGUCCGGGGUGACGAGGCCGCGUCGAAGGCUGUGUUCGACACCAGCCUUCGACGCGGCGUUACCCCGGACAACCAAGAUCGUGUAUCCCAGGGUCAUUAUUCCCGGUCUCCAUUAGAUGAAGAUGUAGGCUUUCCGCGGCCAGAGUCCAUGUGGCGUGAUCUUGGGGCUGUCCGGGGUGACGAGGCCGCGUCGAAGGCUGUGUUCGACACCAGCCUUCGACGCGGCGUUACCCCGGACAACCAAGAUCGUGUAUCCCAGGGUCAUUAUUCCCUCAGAGGGAAUGCAUUGACAUCACUUGAUACCACUGAGCCAUCUCCUCCUGUGAGAGGAAAUUGA